CGUCAUUUACGCCGGCGUGCAUAGCUGUCAAAAAUCGUUUUCGAGUAAGGUUUUGUUUUACGUGUACCGUUUGAUAAUAAACCCCACAAUGGUAGAAAACAAUGAAAUUGAGCUUUCCGAAGCUGAGGCUGAACAAUACGAUCGUCAAAUCCGUCUAUGGGGAUUAGAAUCUCAAAAAAGAUUACGUGCAUCUAAAGUUUUAAUCAUCGGCCUAUCUGGGCUUGGCGCCGAAGUUGCGAAAAACGUGAUUCUCUCAGGAGUGAAGAGUGUUUGCUUGCUCGACAAUGAAAAGCUAAGAGAAACCGACCUUUACUCUCAGUUCCUCGCACCUCCGGAUAAAAUUGGCGAAAACAGAGCGGAAGCAUCGUUGCAAAGAGCUAAAGCACUAAAUCCUAUGGUCGAUAUAACUGCGACGACGAAAGGUGUAGACGAGCUUCCAGACAGUUUUUUCACAGAGUUCGAUAUCGUCUGUGCCACGGGGCUAAAGCAAGAGCAAUUGGAACGUAUCAACAACGCCUGCAGAGACAGCAACAAGAAAUUCUUAUGCGGCGAUGUUUGGGGUAUGUACGGCUACAUGUUUGCCGAUCUUGUAGACCACGAAUACUCUGAAGAGAUUGUGCAACACAAAGCGGUGAAACGCGGACCAGACGAUACAGAGAAAAACGCGAGAGAAACCGUGAGUAUAACAGUGAAACGUCGCGCUAUUUACGUGCCGCUGCAAAAUGCGCUUUCCGCUGACUGGUCGAAACCAGAGCUGAGGUCGAGAUUACGUCGCGGAGAUCCCUCAUACUUUGUCAUGAAGAUCCUGCUUCGCUUCAGAGACGAGUACAACAGGAACCCAGAUCCAGUGAAAAGGAAAGCUGACACAGCCAUACUGUUACGAAUGAGGGACGAACUUGUGAAGGAGUUGUCACUUCCUGCAGGGUUUGUGAGUGAUGCACUACUGUAUGAUGUAUUUGGAACGGUGUCGGGUGCUGCAGCGGUCAUCGGAGGAGUAAUUGGUCAAGAAGUAGUAAAGGCAGUGAGCCAAAGAGAGCCUCCACAUAAUAACAUGUUCUUUUUCAAUCCCGUCAAGUGUGUGGGUUUUGUUGAACUCUAUGGUCAGUGAUUAAUGUAAACAAUUUUUAAAUGGAAGUAUAAUUAUUUAAGAGUAAC